GAUUCAUUCCCGGAUUGUGAUUGACUCCUUAGGGCAUGAGUGAAUCAGUGAAUUCGUUAAUCGCUUUUUCUGUCAUCGUUGCCUCCCAUUGUCUCUCCCUCCCCUGCCUCCCUCUCUCUUCACCACUCUCCCUCUCCUGCCUCUCUCCCUCCCCUGCCUCCCUCUCUCUUCACCACUCUCCCUCCCCUGCCUCCCUCUCUCUUCACCACUCUCCCUCUCCUGCCUCUCUCCCUCCCCUGCCUCCCUCUCUCUUCACCACUCUCCCUCUCCUGCCUCUCUCCCUCCCCUGCCUCCCUCUCUCUUCACCACUCUCCCUCUCCUGCCUCUCUCCCUCCCCUGCCUCCCUCUCUCUUCACCACUCUCCCUCUCCUGCCCCUCUCCCUCCCCUGCCUCCCUCUCUCUUCACCACUCUCCCUCUCCUGCCUCUCUCCCUCCCCUGCCUCCCUCUCUCUUCACCACUCUCCCUCUCCUGCCUCUCUCCCUCCCCUGCCUCCCUCUCUCUUCACCACUCUCCCUCUCCUGCCUCUCUCCCUCCCCUGCCUCCCUCUCUCUUCACCACUCUCCCUCUCCUGCCUCUCUCCCUCCCCUGCCUCCCUCUCUCUUCACCACUCUCCCUCUCCUGCCUCUCUCCCUCCCCUGCCUCCCUCUCUCUUCACCACUCUCCCUCUCCUGCCUCUCUCCCUCCCCUGCCUCCCUCUCUCUUCACCACUCUCCCUCUCCUGCCUCUCUCCCUCCCCUGCCUCCCUCUCUCUUCACCACUCUCCCUCUCCUGCCUUUCUUCCUCCCUUGCUCUUCCCACUCCCCUAUCACUAGCCUUUUCCUGCCUCUAACCCGUAUUCCCACUCUCUACCCUCUGCCCUCCACCUCCCUGUCACUCUCCCUCACCUGCCUGCCUCUCUCCUUCCCCUGCCUCUAUUCAAACUCUUACUACACUCCCUCUCCUGUCUCUCCCCUUCCCCGUCAGUCUCCCUUUUGUCACUCUUUCUGUCUCCUUCCCUCCCCUGCCUCUCUCUCUCUGUCCCCCGUCACUCUCCCUCCCCUGUCACUCUCCCUCCCCCAUCACUCUCCCUGCCUCUCUCUGUCUCCCUCCCUCCCCUGCCUCUCUCUCUGUCCCUCUCCCUCCCUGUCACUCUGUCUCCCUCCCCUGCCUCUCUCUCUGCCUCUCUCCCUCCCUGUCACUCUCCGUCUCCCUCCCUCCUCUGCCUCACUCUCUGUUCCCUGUCACUCUCCCUCCCCUGUCAUUCUCUCUGCCUCUCUCCCUCCCUGUCACUCUGACUCCCUUCCUCCCCUGCCUCUCUCUCUCUGUUCCCUGUCACUCUCCCUCCCCUGUCACUCUCUCUGCCUCUCUCCCUCCCUGUCACUCUCUGUAUCCCUCCCUCCCCUACCUCUCUGUCUCCUGUCACUCUCUCUGCCUCUCUCCCUCCCUGUCACUCUCUGUAUCCCUCCCUCCCCUACCUCUCCCUCUGUCCCUGUCACUCCUCCUCCCUUGUUCCUCUCUCCCUCCCUGUCACUCUAUGCCUCCCUCCCCUGCUUCUCUCUCUGUCCCCUGUCACUCUCCCCUGUGUUCUCCCCACUGAGGGCGACGAAGCGCUGAAACCUUCAAUAGUCUGGGCGAGACCUGCUGCAUCUCGCAGCUCCUCCUAUCGGUGAGAGGCGGCCCGGCUCGUGUGCCCUCCCGAGAAGCUGCUAUAAAUAUUUAGCGAAUAGAAACUCAGGUCAGUCGGUGGAAGUUGCCGCUGAUGCAGAGCGAGAAGGAACGCACAAAACAGUCGAACUCUCUAACAGAAGGAAAGGAAUAAACACGCUCGCACCAGGUAUGAAAAUGUGGGCAGUUCCUGACGAGAGACUCUUUUAACAACGAAAACUCCAGACGGUUGACUGUCAGGAGAGAGAGGUUCAAGACUUUGCGCUGUUCGUUCGUACACCAAACAGCCUCUGUGGGCACGGGUUGGCUGAAACUGAGCAGGCACCGUGCGAUGAAAUGGACACGGUCCGAAGCGGACGCGGCGAGAUGUAGAGCUGGUAUAACACGACGACCCCAGUGGAGGGGUCUGAUAGUUAAGGUGCGGGAGCCGGAUCGACCCAUUGGCGAGAAGGUUCAGAUCCAACCCAGAGAGAAGAGAGGGGAAUAGAAGAGAACAUAAACAAAGUGACUUGCUGGGAGGAGAAAGUAAGCGAUGCAAUAAAUAAAAAGACAAACAAAAACGGUGUUGGGAGAUCUCUCAGCAUCUGCAGUUCCCAUUAUUUUUGGGGGGAGAGAGAGAGAGAUGGCUUGGCUUUGCACACACUGGCACAACGCAUCGCUGGGCGAAUCGGGCGUCCCCCCUGACAACGGCAGCUCUCCGUGCAACGGCUCCGCGGCGGCGCUGCCGGUGGUGAGGAACGAGCUGUUGGCUCGCUUGGAGGUGGCCGUUCUGUCCGUCAUCCUGGUGCUGGCGCUGGGCGGCAACCUGGGCGUGCUGCUGGCGAUCCGCUCGAACCGCCGCAAGCCGUCGCGCAUGCUGUUCUUCGUGAAGCACCUGAGCAUCGCCGACCUGGUGGUGGCCGUCUUCCAGGUGCUGCCCCAGCUCAUCUGGGAGGUCACCUUCCGCUUCUACGCGCCCGACCUGGUCUGCCGCGCGGUCAAGUACCUGCAGGUGGUCGGCAUGUUCGCCUCCACCUACCUGCUCAUCGUCAUGUCCAUCGACCGCUGCCUGACCAUCUGCCAGCCCCUUAAAGCCCUGCAGCAGCGCACCACCCGGCCCUACGUGCUCUUCUCCUGGUUGAUCAGCCUGCUCUUUAGCACCCCUCAGGUCUUCAUCUUCUCCGUCAAGGAGGUGGGGCCCGGCGCCUACGACUGCUGGGGGGACUUCGCCCGGCCUUGGGGAGCCCGCGCUUACAUCACGUGGAUCACCCUGUCCGUCUACGUGCUGCCCGUUGUGGUGCUGCUCGUCUGCUACUCGCUCAUCAGCUUCAGGAUCUGGCGGAACGUCUGGCUGAAGACCCAGCGGGAGGCCCGCGCCGCCUCUUCCUCGUCGUCCUCCUCCUCCUCCUCCGGGGGCACCCUCAUGCUCUCCAGGGUCAGCAGCGUCAAGGUCAUCUCCCGCGCCAAGAUCCGCACCGUCAAGAUGACGUUCGUCGUCGUCCUGGCCUACAUCGUCUGCUGGACGCCGUUCUUCGUCGUGCAGAUGUGGAAGGUGUGGGACGAGCACGCCCCCGAGGAGAAUUGGACCUUCGUCAUCACCAUGCUACUGGCAAGUCUGAACAGCUGUUGUAACCCCUGGAUCUACAUGUUCUUCACUGGUCGGCUGUUCCACGACCUGGUCCAGCAACUGCUGUGCUGCUGCUCUCUAAAGCUCAACAAACCUGAGCAGCCCAGCAGCGAGCUGACCUGCAGCAAGAAAAGCAAUUCCUCCACCCUCGCCAUCAGCCUCAAGAGCUCGGGCAGCCAGAAGAGCCUUUUAUUUCAUCAGCAGCAUGAGCAGUAAAGCAAAUCGCACGCAACUUUAUGUGUGUGUGUGUCUGUGUGUGUGUGUGCGUGUGUGUGUGUGUCUAUGUGUGUGCAUGUGUGUGUGCGUGCGUGUGCGUGUGUGCAUGUGUGCGUGUAUGUGUGUGUGUGCGUGUGUGUGUGUGUAUGUAUGCGUGUGUGUGUGUGUGUCUGUGUGUGUUUGGUGAGGACCAGAUGGCCAAGGCCUUUCUCUCUGUUUCCUGUGCCUUUAUCCAUGAUGUAAAAUGCUGUGCUGAUUAUAAGCGAUAAAUUAUAAUUCCUCACCAAUGGAUUUUGAUGCACUGACAAAGCUUGUCCUUACAGUGGCUGGAUCCUGUGGUGUACGCUGCUCUUAUCACUCAGAAAAGACAGCUAGUGGAGAUUAAAUAAUGAGAUGCGUGCAAUGGGGCUAUGAUUCCAGUUCCUGACUGCCAUCCAUUGGUACCUAGCGUCCAUUGGGUGUGAAUAGAGUACAUUUGCACAGCUACUCUGCUGACAAACCAGGAUUGUUUCGACAAGGCCUGACUCGGGAGAGCGGAGUAGAUAUCUUUAAUCAACCUGUUCAGGAGUGCUAAUGGCAAGUCUCUGAUGUGGGUAGGACUUGACCCCAGACCUUCUAGCCCAGAGGUGGCGACACCACCACUGGGCCACAAGAGCCCUUAUCAUAAGAGUGAUGCUUGGGUUAACAGCCUCAUUUGCUGGGGAGGCAGGUGGGUGGUGCUGAGAGCUGCAUAUUGUGACCAGGAAACAAACCAGCACCUUUUUGAUGCCCUAUGAUGUCCAGCACAAGCCUGAUUAAGGCUGUGACAAUGAUUUAAGCUGAUCCUUCCCUGCAUAUUUGUGCCUUCUCACCAUCUCCACACCAACAAUUUGAAACAAGCAUUGGUCUAUACAAGUAGGCUUUUUUCCAGGGUGACACUAUAUAAUUGUUGUUAGUUUAUUUUUGUGUUGUGUAUUAGAAUGCUUAUUCUGUAUUUAUUGUACUUCAUUCAUUAUUUUGUUGUAAUUGAGGCUUUUUUUUGUCGACAUUAACUAAAGUGAUGUUACUAUUUCGUGGGAGGUAUCGGAGAUGGUGUGGUGGUGGGGGGGAGCAAUGGAUCCUUUUGGACACUUUCUCUGAUUAUUUUCCAAAGAGCUGGAAAUAUGGAAAGAUGUAGUAUCUUCGUUGAGCGACUUUGAGGUCAGAUAUCUCCAAACAUUUGGUCACUUUGGAUCAGAGGUUAUUGAUAAGGCAAUAUGACAUAAAGGGAGCUUGAAUGAUUGGGAAUCAUUGUCCUCCUCCUGAAAGAUACAAGGUGGUUGUGUUUUUCCCUGUAGCUUUGUUCCUGUAACAACUAUUCUCAAGUGUUGAAGAUCACUGUUCAGAUCAGCUAUGAUUUAAUUGAAUGGUGCAGUAGACUUGAGGGACAGUAUGGCCUACUCCUGCUCCUAAUUCAUAUGUCCAUAUAUUAUUAACAUUGAUAGUUAUUCAAAGGAGUAAAGAUGAAUUUCUUGAUAUUCGUCUUCGGUGUUGAACAGGACUAUCAAAUAGGCCCCUGCAAUAUGUAAGAAACUAACCCAUGGAUUUUCUCAAACUUUCUCCGAAAAGGACCCUGUAAUGGGAUAUUAGAGACUAACCCAGGGAUUUUCUCAUACUUUCUCCGAAAAGGACCCUGUAGUGGGAUAUUAGAGACUAACCCAGGGAUUUUCUCAAACUUUCUCCCAAAAGGACCCUGUAGUGGGAUAUUAGAGACUAACCCAGGGAUUUUCUCAAACUUUCUCCCAAAAGGACCCUGUAGUGGGAUAUUAGAGACUAACCCAGGGAUUUUCUCAAACUUACCCUUGCAAUCAGCCAUCCGAUAAACAAGCAGGAAAUAAGAGACAAGCCACUUGCAAUUGAGAUGAGGAGGAACUUCACCAUUCUUCUGAAUGGUGAAUCUUUGGAAUUCUGUACCCCAGAGAGCUGAGGAAACUCAAUCAUUGGGCACAUUAAAGGAUGUAGGGAGCGUGCAUGGGAAAUAGCAUUGAGAUAGAUGAUCUGCACGAUCUAGAAUGGCAGAGCAGGUCUGAGAGGCUGAUUGGCCUAAUCCUGUCCCGUUGAUCCUAUAGUCCAAACAUGUAAUUUUCCAUGGGCUCUAAGGGUAUCCAGUUUGGAGACCCUAGAGCAAAUUCCUGGUGUAAGCUUGGGUGUGGGUAGGGUACAACAAUCAUGAGAGUCUGGGGUAUCUGGGAGCAGUUGUGGCUCUUGCCAUCUUGGAUAAGGUAAUUUGAAUGUAUAAGGCAUAAAGGAAGAAGUAAGUGAGGUGAAAGACAAAAUUAUAAAAUGCCAUUGUGUUCUGAUUUGUACUGAGGUUUCUGUUAAUUAUUAAACACACUCUGUUCCACAUA